AGAGCGACUUUAUUUGUAGUACAUCUUUUAAAAAAAGUUCAUAUUAUCGAAAUCAAACUUGAAACAGUGACGUGUUUAGGUUCAACAUAGAGAAAAUUAAAAUAAUUAAAUUCAAAACUUAACAAAUUAGGCAGAAUAGUUGAAAAAAGAAAUAAUAAGAAAAUGGAUCCCGAAGGUGCUGGCACACCGCAAGGAGCAGAAAGUGAACCAAAAUCGAUCAACCCUGAUCAGCGACCAAAUUCUAACACCAAUCAAGAAGAUAAUCUCAGUGCCGAUCCAAUUGCAAUAUUGUCCAUUUCACAUCAAAAUGAGCAGCAGCCGCGUACAUCAGGAUCUCCGGUCAAGAAAAAAGAUGUCCGAACAUCGCCGAAAAAGCAAGCUCCAAAGCAGUAUGAUGCACAGUCAUCGACUUCUCCGAAAAAGACGGCAAAUCAACAACAUGCUGAUCCUCAAAUGACAAUUUCAUCGGAAAAUCAGCAAUGUUCGAUUGAAUCAGACGUUUCGAAAAACGAAAUUCCUCACCAGCCUAAACAGAAAGCAGAAAGACCGCCGAGAACAUCAGGUUCUCCAGACAAGAAAAAAGAUGGCCGACCAUCGCCGAAAAGGCAAGCUCAAAAGCAGUCUGAUGUGCAGUCAUCGACUUCUCCGAAAAAGAUAGAAGAUCCGCAAGAAGCUUCAUCGGGAAAACAACCAUCAGCCCAAUCUUCGAAUCAACCAACAGUAACAACUGAAAUGCCACAUUUACUGUGUCCCUAUAAGGGAUCGGGUACACGUGGAACUAAAUUCAAAAGUUUACUCGAAACAAACUAUCUGAAACUGAAUAUCGACAAAAUGAAGGACUCAGCGUAUCAUUACGAUGUAACGAUUGAGCCAGAUAAACCAAAGAAAAAUAUGCCGAAGAUAUUUCAACAAUUUUGCACAAAUAAUUUUCCUGGUACAGGCAUUGCCUUUGAUGGGGCGCGUAAUGCAUAUUCACCAAUAGUUUUGAGUCUGGAAAAAAUUGAGCGUGAAGUCGAUUUUAUUCAUCCAGAAACGGGUGGCGUCCGCAAGUACCUCGUCAACAUAAAAGAAACGGAGAAUAUGGAAGUUGCAUUGAACCCAUUGAGAACAUACCACUCGACGCGUCAAUAUGAUGCACCGCAAAGAGCACUGCAGUGCAUUGAUGUCAUUUUGAAAGGAGCAUUUCAGCAGAAACAUUUAGAAAUGGGCAUCCAAGCGGCACGAUCAUUUUUCAUACCAGCUAGUAAUCGUGAAUACUUGGGUGACUUUUUCGAACUAUGGCUGGGUCUGUUUCAAAGUUCGGUGCUUGGAUCUAAUAUAUAUAUCAAUGUAGAUAUAGCACAUAAAGGAUUCCCCGAACGAUAUGAUUCGCUGGUAAAGAUGUUAGAGCAAAUGGCGAACGAAUAUCGAUGUGAUAUACGUCAGGCCACUAAUUAUAUGAGACGGCAUCUAUCCGGAAUGGAUGUAAUUUACAAGACACCCACUGUUGACGGAACAAUGUAUAGUUAUAAAUUUGUGGAUCUGGUUGGAGUGCCGGAUAAAGAAACAUUCAAAGAUAAAGAUGGCAAUCGACUUACAGUUGCCGAAUAUUUUCAAACCCAAAAUUAUACUAUUACCCGACCCGAUUUACCGUGUGUUAAGCUCGGUAACAGCAUCAAAAACAUAGUCGUACCAAUGGAGCACUGCUCCCUUUCAGAUCGUCAGGCUAUCAACAGAAAAUGUACCGAAAAUCAGACACGUAAAAUCAUUAGGGUCGCUGCGACUUCUACCGAUGUUCGGAAAUCCAAAAUCAUGGACAUGUUAGACAAGAUACAACACAACGAAUCACCAAUUGUACGGAGUUUCGGAUUGGAACUUGACACGAAUUUCGCCAAGGUCCAGGCACGAUGUUUGAAAGCGCCAAGUAUUGUGUAUGGUAAUGGCAAACUUGUAGAAGUGAAAAAUGGUGUCUGGCGUGGAGAAGGACAGCCAUUCUUGAUCCCGGAAUCUGCCAAUAAGUGGGCCAUUUUGAAUGUGAAUCAACGCACACGAAACAAUGAUUUAAAUGAGUUGGCAGCAAGUUUUUUUAGAAUUAGUAAGCCGACCAAUCUGAAUCUUGCUGAAAAACCAACUUACGUGCGUUCUGUUAACACUGUUAACCCUCGCGACAUCGAUGCAAAUAUUCAAAAAGAAUUGGAAUUUGCGAAGAAUGAACAAAUUCGAAUUUUGUUCUGCAUAAUACCCGAUUCUGGUCCAAUGUACUCAAAAAUUAAGCAGUUGGCUGAAACACGUAUCGGUGUGCUUACGCAGUGUAUAAAGGGCACAACGGUUUUCAAGAAAAGGAAGGACGGCAGCACCAUAUCUAACAUUUUGUUAAAAUGCAACGCCAAGCUCAACGGAACCAAUCAUCGUUUGAACGAGUCUCCAAUACUUGAGGACAAGUGUAUGUUAAUCGGCGCUGAUGUCACCCAUCCGUCUGGCGAACAGAAAAGUAUUCCUAGUGUUGUCGGUGUGGCGGCAUCGCAUGACGGGAACGCUUUUUGCUACAAUGUUUGUUGGCGUUUACAAGGACCGCGAGUAGAAAUCAUUCAAGAUUUUCAACAAAUUAUCGUGGAACAUUUAAGAUUCUACCAGAAGAAGAACGGUCACUUACCGAAUAAAAUUUUAUAUUACCGGGAUGGUGUAUCCGAGGGCCAGUUCCAACAAGUAAUGGCUAGCGAGAAAAUGGCUAUGGUUCGGGCAUGCAAUGAAAUUGAACCAGGUUACGAGCAUAAGGUUAAAAUGACCAUCAUCGUGGUUCAGAAACGCCAUCAUACACGAUUUUUCCCUGGGAAAACCGAAAUCGGUGGAAAAGACCGAAACAACAAUGUACCAGCUGGAACCAUCGUCGAUACGGAAAUAACACACCCGAAUGAAAAUCACUUUUACUUAGUGUCCCAUCAAUCCAUCCAGGGUGUGUCUAAACCAACCAAAUAUUGCAUUUUACUGGACGAAGCAAAUCAUUCGAUAGACGAUCUGCAGGGACUGUCGUACAACUUAUGCCAUUUGUUUUCACGGUGCAAUCGAUCAGUUUCGUAUCCGGCACCAACCUAUUAUGCCCAUUUGGCUGCGUACCGCGGUAGAGUCUACAUUGAGAAUGCACGCUUGAAUAUGAAGAACUUGUUGAAUGAAUGGCAAAAUCGAUCGAUCCACGAUCACAUUGCUAACGAGCAUCCAAUGUUUUUCGUCCAUUCACAUGAAGCAGAAGUUUCACUGAUCAAAAUGACAACAAUUCCAACAUUUGAACAGCAAAAUAUCAAUUUAAAAACUCGAAUUCAAGAUUCAAACACAAAAGAAAAACAACCGUCUUCUUCUUCUUCUUCUCCUGCUAUCAACAGAAAAUGUACCGAAAAUCAGACACGUAAAAUCAUUAGGGUCGCUGCGACUUCUACCGAUGUUCGGAAAUCCAAAAUCAUGGACAUGUUAGACAAGAUACAACACAACGAAUCACCAAUUGUACGGAGUUUCGGAUUGGAACUUGACACGAAUUUCGCCAAGGUCCAGGCACGAUGUUUGAAAGCGCCAAGUAUUGUGUAUGGUAAUGGCAAACUUGUAGAAGUGAAAAAUGGUGUCUGGCGUGGAGAAGGACAGCCAUUCUUGAUCCCGGAAUCUGCCAAUAAGUGGGCCAUUUUGAAUGUGAAUCAACGCACACGAAACAAUGAUUUAAAUGAGUUGGCAGCAAGUUUUUUUAGAAUUAGUAAGCCGACCAAUCUGAAUCUUGCUGAAAAACCAACUUACGUGCGUUCUGUUAACACUGUUAACCCUCGCGACAUCGAUGCAAAUAUUCAAAAAGAAUUGGAAUUUGCGAAGAAUGAACAAAUUCGAAUUUUGUUCUGCAUAAUACCCGAUUCUGGUCCAAUGUACUCAAAAAUUAAGCAGUUGGCUGAAACACGUAUCGGUGUGCUUACGCAGUGUAUAAAGGGCACAACGGUUUUCAAGAAAAGGAAGGACGGCAGCACCAUAUCUAACAUUUUGUUAAAAUGCAACGCCAAGCUCAACGGAACCAAUCAUCGUUUGAACGAGUCUCCAAUACUUGAGGACAAGUGUAUGUUAAUCGGCGCUGAUGUCACCCAUCCGUCUGGCGAACAGAAAAGUAUUCCUAGUGUUGUCGGUGUGGCGGCAUCGCAUGACGGGAACGCUUUUUGCUACAAUGUUUGUUGGCGUUUACAAGGACCGCGAGUAGAAAUCAUUCAAGAUUUUCAACAAAUUAUCGUGGAACAUUUAAGAUUCUACCAGAAGAAGAACGGUCACUUACCGAAUAAAAUUUUAUAUUACCGGGAUGGUGUAUCCGAGGGCCAGUUCCAACAAGUAAUGGCUAGCGAGAAAAUGGCUAUGGUUCGGGCAUGCAAUGAAAUUGAACCAGGUUACGAGCAUAAGGUUAAAAUGACCAUCAUCGUGGUUCAGAAACGCCAUCAUACACGAUUUUUCCCUGGGAAAACCGAAAUCGGUGGAAAAGACCGAAACAACAAUGUACCAGCUGGAACCAUCGUCGAUACGGAAAUAACACACCCGAAUGAAAAUCACUUUUACUUAGUGUCCCAUCAAUCCAUCCAGGGUGUGUCUAAACCAACCAAAUAUUGCAUUUUACUGGACGAAGCAAAUCAUUCGAUAGACGAUCUGCAGGGACUGUCGUACAACUUAUGCCAUUUGUUUUCACGGUGCAAUCGAUCAGUUUCGUAUCCGGCACCAACCUAUUAUGCCCAUUUGGCUGCGUACCGCGGUAGAGUCUACAUUGAGAAUGCACGCUUGAAUAUGAAGAACUUGUUGAAUGAAUGGCAAAAUCGAUCGAUCCACGAUCACAUUGCUAACGAGCAUCCAAUGUUUUUCGUCUAAUUUGGUACAAUAUGAGAUGGCUGUCUUGCAUGUGGUGACAUAUUAUUAAGUUUAUUGAGGCUAUAUAUUCGUUUUAUGACUUUACUAUUGUAUUUUGUACCUUUUGAGGCUGUAUUAUCAUUAAUCAUUUUACAGAGUUUAACGACAAUUAAAACCACUUUCGAUAAAGUGAAACGGUUUUUGCAUU